AUGAGCGGGAUCUGGCGGUCCCGCGGCCGACGCCGAAGUAAAGGGCCGGCGGCGCCAUGGCGCCGCCACCUACCCCAGCUCAUCGUCGCUUCGCUCGUCACCGCGAUAAUCGGCGCGACGCUGCAGCUGCAGAAGCUCGCGUCGCUGGACAGCGCGGGGCGUCAGUACGCGCGGGAAUCGUACGCCGACAAGAGCGCGUUCCUCGUCCCGUUCGCGCUGUCCAAGGCGGUGUGUAACCUUCUCGUGGGCGGGCUCGCGGACAGAUUCGGGCGGAAGCGCGUCGCCGUCGCGGGGUUCGGCGUGGGCAUCCUCGCGCCAAUCAUCGUGCUCGGAGCCCCGACGCGUGGCGAGCGCGGUUGGUCCGCGGUGGUCUUCUCCUCGCUCUUCCUCGGCGCCAACCAGGGCCUCACGUGGACCGCGAUGAUCCUCACCACGAUGGACCUGUGCGGACCCGCCGCGAGGGGCUUCGCGUCGGGGCUCUCCGAGACGAUCGGAUACACCGCCAUCGCCGUCUUCGCCAACGUGUACGGUUCCAUCGAACGCGACGCCGUCACGUGCGCGUGGUCCAACGGGAGCGGACCGGCGCCGGGUUCCGAGUGCCUCGCGAGGAGCGGCGGCAAGUGCGCGAGUUCCGACGACUGGAAAUCGCAGUGCCUCGGCGAGUGCGUGUGCGAGGGGUACACGCGCGAGCCGUUUCACGCGCAAAUCGCGCUCUUGCUCGUCGGUUUAGCCGCCUGCGCGUUUGUCCUGAGGGAGAGCCUGUUCGUCGCCGAGCGCGAGCGCGUGGGCGGCGGCGGUGGGGGUGGCGACGCGGGAACCAAGGGCUUGAUGAGCGGGAUCGCGAUGUCGGACCUGCGCGGGGUGCGCCGGGGGACGCCCCUGUUCGACGACGACGACGACGAAAGAAUCGGGGCGGGGCGAAAGAAGCGAACCGACGGCGCCGGGGGCGGGGGCGGAUCCGACGACCUCGACGGGUACGCGGCGGAUACCAACGCGGCGGAGGACGGGCGCGACGACCGCGUUGACGACGUUCCCACGGACCGCGCGACGCUGACGGGGGAGGAGAGCGCGUGGGCCGGGUUCGUGCGGACGAGCUUCGCGAACAAGAGUCUCGCCGUCGUGUGCCUCGCGGGUUUCUGCGCCAAUUUCGAAACCGGGCUGGCGUGGGGUCUCAUGGCGACGUGGGCGCGGGACGCCAUGGGGCUGGGCGGGCGCGAGCGGGACUUCUUCACCGCGUGCUACUCGUUCGUCAAGGGCCUGUCGCAGCUGCUGGCGGGGAUCAUGUCCGACAGGAUCGGGAGGAAGGCGCCGAUGUGUCUCGGCUUGCUCGGCGGCGCGGCCGCGCUGCUCGUCGCCGCCGUCGGCGCGGGAUGGCGCGGCCGCGUCUCCGUCGGCGUCGGCGUAUCACCCGACGAGCUCAAACAGCUCCAGUUCGGGUACCUCGUCCUCUCCGGCGUCCUCCUGGGGUUCUUCACCGGUCUCAUGUACCCCGUGCUCGCCGCCGCCGCCGCGGACCAUUCGCCUCGGAGCGGCUUCGCGGCGUCGGUCGGGACGGUUCGGUUCUGGCGCGACGUGGGAUACGCGAUGGGCUUACCCGUGGCGGCGCUAGCGGACGCGUCGUCGACGGAGACGGCGCUCGUGUUCGUCGCGUGCCUGAUGCUGGUCGCGGGCGCGGCGGUGUUCUUUGGGUACGUCGAGGCUUCGUUUGGCGGUGAAAGAUUCGGGGCUUCGUUUGGGGGCACUUACGGGGUUCGAACUCGCGAGCCGGCGUACUCGCGGGUGGACGAGGCGGUGACGACGGGGACGAACGCGGUGGACGAUCGCACCGGGAGGCCGGGUAGCCCGGCGGGGGGGUUCGAGUCGGGGGAUCGGCACUCGGUUGCGCGGCGGACGAGCGCGAACUACUCGGGAACGUGA